CGGAAGUGAUCCGAUUGGCUGUGAGGGAGGAAAUCACGGAAGCUGCGCGCAGGCUGCAGCUGCCUGAUGGAUCGGGUCCAGACGCGAACUUAAAACCGGGUUAAACUCUUCUCCCGGGUUCCUGUCCGUCCGGCCUCUGUGAUGUCAGUCAUCGUUCACACUCGUGGUGAAGUGGGCGGCGGCGUCGCGGCUCACCUGCAGUGCUCCUACUGCGGCCACUGCUCCAAGAGCCACGCCCAGCAGCUGUCCCACGUGGCCGCCUCCCACCCCGAGCACCUGGACCGCUUGGCGGUCGGUCGCCUCGGCAACAUCCUGAUGUACCAGAGCACCGCCCGGCUGUUCCACUGCGCCGACUGCUUCUCCACCAGCCGCGACUUCGCCAAACUCUACAAGCACGUCAUCUCCAAACACUGCAUGGACGAGAGGGAGGCGGGAGGAGGGGAGGACAGGAUCGACAGCGGCGAGAGGGAGAAGAUGGGGGAGAAAGGUGAGGAGGAGGAGAAGGCGAAGAUGGAGGAGGAUGAGAAGAUAAAGUCGAAGAUGGGGGACCAAGGUGAGGAGGAGGAGGAGAAGAAAAAGAUGGAGAGCGAAGGCGGGGAGAAGGAGAAGAUGGAGGAGAAGGAUGAUUUGAAAAGAAAGCGGAGCAGUGAGGCUGAGGAGGCGGCAGCGGCAGAGGGUCAUGAUGACGAUGGCGCCCACCAGGGGCCAGAGUCGGUCAAACCCAGCGCUGAGGGAGACGAGAGCGUCCUGAUGUUCGAUGGUGGCGGUUACCACUGCCUCAUCUGCGGCUGGAAGAACAAAAUGAAAGCUCUGGGUGUCAACCACGUGGUGAGGAAACACGACAUCCCCAAACUGUACGCCACGCAGGCCAUCAAGAGAGACGCCGCUGCUGCCGCCACCACGCCCAGACAGACGGCUAGUGAGGGGCCGGAGGAGGAGGAGCUUGUGGCCGGGUUGAGUGCAGAGUUACUGAAGGAGGAGGUGGCGGCCAUGGCCAGGGUGGUGCGCUUCAUCUCCAACCGCUUCGUGUGCCUCAUCUGCGGCUGGAAGACCAAACUCAAAGGUUUCGCCAUCAGUCACGUGGUCCGCAGUCACGACGUGGAGCGUCCGUACAGCUGUAAGAACUGCUCGCGCUCCUUCUUCCUCCCCAGCCGCCUGCAGCAGCACUUCAGGGAGGCCCACCGGCCCGGACGCUACGCCUGUCCCUUCUGCUGCUUCAGGUCCCACUACCUGGGGGGGUUCAGGAGGCACUGCAGCCGCUGCAACGCCCGGGAAGAGGGCGAGGUGGGGGGAGGGGGAGGAGGGGAGGAAGAGGAGGCGGAGGAGAUCGAGGAGGGAGAAGGGGACAGGAAGGAGACGAGAGCAGGGAGGAAACGACGGAGGACGGUGAAGGUGAUAGAAGAGGUGGAGGAGGAUGAAUGAAGGAGAGAAAGUGAGGAGGAAGGGAGACCAGAACCUGGUCUCCUGGAACUGAACCGUUUCAUUUCAAGACGUUGCAAAUUUUAACUGCAUUUGCAGAAAGUGUGUGAAAGGAACAUGUGACGUGAUGUGAACAUUAGAACAGCAGGAGGCGCUGGUCCUCCAGUCAGCUGCUGCAACACCACUGAAGAAGAAGAAAAUGAGGAUGACCUUUGAACGUCGUCUCCUCAUUGGUCCACACCUGAUGAUGUUUGUACGUCGUCACUGAUGAACAUUUUUUUAAAUAAAAGCACUUGUAAAGUUGUUUUGUUUGUUUGUGUCCAUGAGGAGAAGGAAAACCUGAAGCAUCGAUCCGAGAUCAAUAUUACUGAUCAUAAAGUUGUGGUACUGUGGUUUCUGAAGUUAAUAAAAACUAGUUUUACAUUUAAA